UGAAUACUGGCUAGAAGUUAUGUGGAGGACACUGAAUAUGUCCUUGCCGUACGUUUUGUUUGAUUUCGUAGAUGACUGUUUCUGAAGUCAAACGAAGAAUGUCAAAGUAAAUAUGUGCUUUUGUUGUUGAAUGAAAAAAAAAGAGAGAAUAGAAACGACGCGGAACAAAGAAUACCCUCAGUGUCUCGUGCUUUCGAUUGACUUAUGAUUAAGUGAAGGUUUAAUCAUAUUGUGAAUCAGACGGAGAAUGAGAGACUGCCCUUAGUUGAAAGAGGCCAUGAGGAUUCCGAAGAAACCAUCGGGGCCCGGAGAGCCCAAGUUCCAUCUGUUCGAGUCGUUUCGCGAAGCUGUAAUCUCCGUCGUGGAGAAGCUCAGGUCUUCUCUCGCGGAUAAAUCAGCUUCUGUGAAGGAAGGAGGAGAAGAAGAACAGGAGGAAGAGGAAAAGGAGAAUGGGAAGAUAAAAUUUCCCUUCUCCAAAACGCCUUUGGAUCUUCUUCCUGAAUCUGCAUUGACUGCUGAGGAUUUGUAUUACAAGGCAGCUUUGUGGGAUAAUGCGGAGUUACUGGAAGAUCUGCUGAACGGCGAACAGAUAAGUCACCUUGAUUGUCGAGAUGCUUGGGGACGUACCCCAUUACACGCAGCAGCUACAACAGAGUCGUCCCGUUGCCUUAGAAUUCUCCUUCAGGCAGGGGCUGAUGCCAAUAUGGCCUCGGGACCUCGUGCAGAAGGAAGAACUUGCCUUCACAUAGCUUCUGAACAUGGUGCUGUGGAGAACAUACGUUUGCUCCUGGAUUAUGGAGCAGAUCUACUAGCAAAAGAUGCAAACGGUCUUACGGCCCUGGAUCUGGCUGAGCAAGGCGAGCAUACGCAGUGUAUGACAGUCCUCAAAAAUGCUGCAGAUGCGCGUGAACUUGCCCGCCAGGAACUGCACUCGGCACUGCGAGAGUCUUGCAGCCGGGGAGAUGUCUCACGUGCAAAGGCCAUCCUCAGAGAUUUGGGCGCAGAAGCCGAAAUUAUCAUUAAUUCCGCACCAAAUGGCUCUAACACACUGUUGUUCAAAGCUUGUGAAGAGGGACAACGAGAAAUGGUCCGGCUUUUGCUGGACCAUGGAGCAGAUGGCAGAAUUCAUCCUGUCACAAAAUACUCUCCCUUAUACAUUGCAUGUUAUUAUGGUCGUAGGGAUAUUGCUGAAAUGCUACUUAAGAAAUUUCCAACACUUGUCAACGUUUCCACUGUGGAAAGAUGGUUGCCACUACAUGCAUGUAUUAUCAAUGGGCAUGCAUCUGUUUUAGAGCUUUUACUUAAGUAUCCUUAUCCGGAAGAGGCACUGAAAAAGUACUGGGGAAAAACCAAUCAGUUUGAGUAUGAAAUGGCCUUUGAUAUAAAUAUGAAAGAUGUAACAGGACAGAGUGCACUGUACUUAGCUUGCUAUGUUGGAAAUCAAAAGCUAGUUGAUCUUCUUCUCAAACAUAAAAUCCAGGCAACCAAAAUAAAGACCAAAGAAGAAUUAGAUAAGGAGAGGCAUCUGAAGGAUCAUGAAACAAUUAGUAAUGACUCGAAGUCAAGUAGCAGAGAGAAUUCUAAGACAAGUAUUGAAGUCAGUACUGAAUUAGCUGAGAAUAGUGAUGAAGUGACGAGUCCAACAAAGCACCGAAUAUCUGGGGGUAUCCAGGCCUUAAUGUCUAAAUUAAAUCUUGUUAGAACCGAAAAUAAUCCAAAGGAUAACAUGUUAUCUCCACUUGAUAUUGAUAUGUAUUGCAACAGUAAUACAGAAACAGCACUGCACAUAGCUGUGAAAAAUAAGCAUCAUAGCAUUGUAUCAAUGCUACUAGCAGCCGGAGCUAAUCCUAAUUUACGAGUGUAUCUUCCUGAUGAUGAGAUGGCAAGGCUUGCUGAAGAUGAAUAUAUAUUCACAGGCUCAACAGCACUAGUCGAAGCUUGCAGAAAUCGUGAUUUAGGGAUGCUUGAUUUGCUGCUUAAAAAUCAUGCUCGAGAUGAUGAGUGUAAAGCACUUUUUAUUGCUGCUCAUACCAAAGAUGAAAUUAUAGUAUCAAAACUUUUAGCACUCAAGGCACACCCAGAUCCUGAAUUCAAGGUGAAUAAGAGAGCCAUGGAGAUUAAACCCAGUCAACAGUUUAGUUCUCUUAGUGUUAGCAAUUCAGGUGGUGUGUACUCAUCGCUGUCACCUAGCACCCCUGUAAUGAUCAACUGGCAUGGGCAGCGCUGUCUUUCAUAUCUUAAGGACCAGUGGUUAAUAGAUGCUUCAGUAAAUCUCAAUCCUAAGUUGAAGCUUAGUCCAAGAAAUCAGGUGAUUGCAUUAUAUGCAAUUACUCGUCUAGAUAUUUCUAAUAAUUCCCUCACACAAUUACCAGAUAUGAUCUUCCAACUCCCUAGUUUAAAGACAUUAAAUGCUGCGCAAAACAAAAUAGAAAAGCUCCCCACCACCAUAGGGCAAUUUAUUGAUGGGACUGUCACAUUACCACGAAAAGGAUCUAAAAAAGAUUUGUUCCUUGGUCCUGUUUCUGUCUUGGAGGAAGUUCAUCUGCAGGAUAAUAGGUUAGAUUCCCUUCCCGACGGAUUGUUCAUGCUUCCAGCACUACAGCACCUUGAUGUUUCUAACAACAAGUUGUCAGUCCUUCCAUACAAAAUUUGGACUGCUCCAAAACUACGGGAACUUAAUGCUUCACUGAACCUGUUACAUGACCUUCCCGUUAGACCUGAUGGUAUAGGAAGUGAAUUAGGGUUAAGUACUGAAACAGUGAAUGAAAUCAGUGAUGAGGAAAGCUUAUCAUCUGCGAGUGAAUUGCAACUUAAUCUACUGGAAGAUUCAACUGAAGAAUCCCCAGCUCGUCGUAAGACCCCAGACACCCGAGUACUAUCUUUAGGCAAACAUGGAAACGUUGUUACCUGCUGUAGACGUCGAGAACUAAAACAUCACAGCCUUUGGUCUAAUUCAAUUGACAUUCAAGAAUCUCUUGUUGGUGUUAGAGACACAGAGGAGGAAACACUAUCUCGUCUGCAGUCAUUAAACUUAUCACACAAUGCAUUUACAUGUGUGCCUUCUGGCCUUGCAUGUUUGGCAGUGUCACUUAAUCGUCUCAAUCUUAGUUAUAACAGAUUACACGAGAUGGGUGCAGCAAGCUGUUAUCCUGUCGGCUUGAAACAGUUAGACUUGUCUCAUAAUCUUAUCCGAGCAUGGCCUACAGUUAGCCGUAGCGAAUCCUUAGAGAGUCUUGAGUCCAGCCAGUCUUCUUGCUAUGCUCUUGCAGAGCUUACGAAAAGUGCAAAACUCUCAUGUUCAGUAGUGUUCUCUAGUAAAAUCCAUCCCUAUUCCUUUGUUCCUCUACCCGCUUAUGCAGGUCGAAAAUUUGGGCAAAAUUUGGGCAUAAGCCGAGUAAGAGGGAGCACAAACUCUCCCCUUGGCUCUCACAGUGCAUCUCCAACGCCUGGCUCAUGUAUUCACCGUCGCCAUAUUCGCCUUGAGUCGCUACGAACUUUAAUUUUAGCAGAUAAUCAGCUGACAAGACUCUGCCUGUAUUUAGAUGACAACGAAUUUUCUAUAGUGAACGAUGUUGAUGACAAUGAGCCAAGCCCCGUCCGAGCCAGUACCCCAAGGAAAGGGUGGUUGCUGUUUCCUAAUCUCUCAAUGUUAGAUGUUAGUAAUAAUCUACUCAGGGAUCUUCCUACAACACUUCAUGAGCUUACAAAUCUCUCGGUUCUCAACAUAUCUGGUAAUACUGACAUUACAGAACUACCACCAGAAAUGGGCCUUCUGUCACGUCUUUGGAAUCUCAAUACUCGAGGGUGCUCUUUACAAGAACCUUUAAAAUCUAUGAUUGAGAGCAAAAAGUAUAAAACCAUGGAUGUUAUUGGAUACCUUAAGAGUAUACUGGAAGAUGCAAGACCUUAUGCUAGAAUGAAAUUGAUGAUUGUUGGUGUCCAAGGUAUUGGUAAGACAUCUCUUUUGGAACAGUUAAGACAAGAAGGAACAGGUUCUUACAGGAAGAAACCUGUUGAGCACUGGGCCAAGAGAAUGGGAAACAAAAAUAUAAACACCCGAACCUCAAGAGGCACCAGCAUGUCUACAGUAGGUGUUGACAUUGGAGAUUGGAUUUUUGAGAAGAAAAUUAGAGGUCACAGCAAUUAUGGACCUGUUGUAUUUAGAACUUGGGACUUUGGGGGCCAGAAGGAGUACUAUGCUACCCAUCAGUACUUUUUAUCAAAACGAUCAUUAUACCUUGUGGUCUGGAAGAUCAGUGAUGGAGAGAGAGGAGUUAGUGAGAUCCUUCAGUGGCUAGUUAACAUCCAGGCUCGUGCUCCUAAUUCCCCUGUGUUAAUUGUUGGUACACACUAUGACCUUGUGAAAGAAAAAUUUCCACCAUCCUGGAGUGAAGAUUUGCAGCAAAUGAUUCGUGAUAGAUUCAUUAAUGUCAUUGAUGCAGAUAAACUGGGUUUACCUCGAGUUUUAGAUACAAUCGAAGUUAGCUGUAAGAGCAGACAUAACAUCAAGCUCCUGUGUAACUUGGUAUAUGAUACAGUUUUCUCUCUGAAAACACCAGGAAGCAAAGAAAGACUACUAGAACAACGAAUACCAGCCUCAUAUUUAGCUUUGGAGGAUGUAGUAGGAGUUUUGGCACUUGAGCGGAGGGUUCAGGGUCGGGAUCCUGUGUUACCAGCAGACAAAUAUCAAACCCUAGUGACCCAGGAAAUGGCUAGUAGAGGUUACCGACCAUUCAGAGAUUUAGCAGAACUUAAUCAAGGCACCACAUUUCUUCAUGAGAAUGGUGUGAUGCUUCACUAUGAAGAUGCAACAUUGAAAGAUCUCUACUUCCUUGAUCCUCAAUGGCUGUGUGAUAUGUUAGCUCAUGUUGUUACAAUAAGGGAAAUAAAUCCUUUUGCACGAAACGGGAUAAUGAAGUUAGAUGACCUCAAACAUGUAUUUAAAUCUUCUACAUGUGCUCCAGUGGAUGCCAAAUCCUAUAUUGUGAAUCUUUUGAACAAAUUUGAAGUGGCUUUGACAUGGGACAACAGAACACUACUGAUUCCAUCAUUACUUCCAUCAGAAGAGCAACUUAGAAGUGGUCUGCCGGGCAUGGAUGUCAGGGUAAAGAUCCCAGUAAGAUCAAGAGGAUGGGCAGUACGUGGGAAAAAGUUUUCAGGAUCUACUGGUUCAACUGUGGUUGGAAAUUCAUCCUUUUAUAUGACAAGCACUGAAGAACGUAAACCAUCUAGGCCAUUGUCUUCUCAUGGGCUUACAGCAGAUGCUAUAGGAAGUCCAAAGAAGGAAGAUGCUGAGACUAAUGCAAUAGCACCUCCAGAGACACCUGCCCUUCAAGUUACUCAUCGUUCUGCCCCUCAUGCUGCAAUACGUCGAUUAUUGUUGAUGUCUUAUUUUCCAUCUGGUUUCUGGUCACGACUCAUAACCAGGAUACUUGCUGAUGAUGCUGUCGUUGAUAUAAUCAGAAAUUACUUUGUCAUGCCAAGAGAGGUACUAAAUGAUCGGGACCUUUCCUCUAUUCUGGGUGGCCAGGCUGAGUGGGUUUGCUGGCAGACAGGCAUGGAGCUUCAUUAUGCUCAUACUACUCUUUUCAGAAUGAGAGAGGUUUUACCUGUUAAUUCAUAUGGUGUUUCUCAAGGAUCUUAUGGUCCCCAUACACCAAACAAUGGUCCAAAUCACUCCUCUCAGAUAAAUCAUCAUCUUUAUGAUUAUAAGAGCAUGCGUUUCCUAGUUCGACAGGAAGGAGUGUGGUCAGAUGUUGAGGUUGGCAAUUCUGCAGUACUAGAAAUUAGCCUUCCUAAUGAGGCUGUAGUGAUAAAGCGUCCUCUCCAAGAGAGUGACCCUGCAAACACAUCAGCAACAGACAUCCUCGCCUGUGGUAUACAGUCUGUUGUUUUGGAUCCUGCCCCAGAAUGUGUUGCCAAACUUCUGUCCUUAGCUGUAGAUCAUAUUGAUACUUUACUAGAAGAUUGGUAUCCAACUUUGGGCACAAGAUUUGUGCACACAAGUGAAGGAAAAUUCUUGGUGACUCGGUUGGUACCAUGUCCAAUGUGCCUUGAAUGUCAUGGUCAGCAUGAGGGGCCAGGGAAUCACCCACAAGCACGUCAUUUGCCUGAUAAUUGGGGCUCUUUUGUGGAGAUGAACCCUCUUUAUUGUUCCAUGACAGCAUCUCAAAUAUCACAAGAUCUGAAUUCAUCACAUACCUCCUCCUUAGAACGUUCCAUCCUUACUAACAGCUUAAUGGGAAGUUUGGUGAAUUCUCAGCAGGGUCAUAUGGGUUUAAUUAAUGUUAAUGGAGUUUCACCACAACCUGGAGGAAGGUCAUCAACUUCUUCAACAAAUGCUGGAGGUAUUGGUGGAGGUGUGUCCCCAGCUGGAGCAGCAGGUGGUGGUAACAUGUCCCCUCAACUUCCAAGGCGUAGCUGGGGCUCACGUGAAUCUUACACAUCUGAUGGAGACAGUGGUGUUGGAGCUGAAUCGACUACUUCAAGCCGUAAGCCAUCAGCAGAAGGCCGUCCUGACUUAGACAAUAUUGGAAACAAUGAAGGAGAAAGUUCUGGAGGUCAAGAAGUAACUCCUGUGGUCUACUCCUUUAUGGUUGAAGAGUGCAUAUUAGCUGCAUAUACAGCUCGCUCAGUUCCAUGUCCUCUUCACGCUGAUCUUCUGUUGGCUCAAGUUGCACCAGACACUGUGUUCCUAGACUUAGGUGAUCGAUAUUUAGUUCGGCCAGAUUCGAUCAAGCAAGGAAAGCUUCUAGGAAGAGGCGGCUUUGGUUUUGUCUUCCAGGGUACUUGUCGUAACAGAAUUAGUGGGGCACCUAUGGAUGUAGCUUUAAAAAUGCUACAACCUGUUGAUCCUGGGACGAAUGCAAAUCAAAGUGCUAUUGUUGCAUAUAAGGCUUUGCAGAGUAAAUGGGAGCGGGAUCCUCUUCAGCAUGCUUGCAAAGCAUAUUGUUCAGCAAGACAAGAAGUAAAUAUUUUACUCUCUUUACGUCAUCCACACAUUGUGCCUCUAGUUGGUGUAUGUCCACGUCCACUAGCUUUAGUACUCGAAUUAGCACCACAAAGGGCUUUAGAUCAGUGCUUAAAGCAUUAUCAACGUUCAGGAGCCAGAUUAUCCCUCCAUACCCUGCAGGCUGUCAUACUACAGGUUGCCAAGGCUUUAGAGUAUCUUCAUGGUCAGCAUAUUAUUUACAGAGACCUGAAAAGUGAGAAUGUUUUAGUAUGGGAGCUUCCACCUCCAUUCCAUCAUUAUCCUCAGCCUAAAGUAGAUGUCCGGUUAGCAGAUUAUGGUAUCAGUCGGUCCAGCUUGCCCACUGGUACAAAAGGUUUUGGAGGAACAGAAGGAUUUAUGGCUCCAGAGAUGAUGAGACACAAUGGUGAAGAAGAAUAUACAGAAAAGGUUGACUGUUUCUCAUUUGGUAUGUUUAUGUAUGAGCUGCUAACUACUCAUCAGCCAUAUGAACACUGUGAUAAUGUUAAAGAACAUGUUUUAGAAGGAGGAAGACCAGCUCUCACUCAUCGGGAAACAGAAUAUCCAGUAUAUGUGUUGGACCUUAUGGUAAUGUGCUGGUCACAGCAACCAAGGCUAAGACCAUCAGCUUCCCAGAUUGUGUCUAUUGCUUCAGCCCCUGAGUUCACUCACCUACUUGAUGUGGCUUCUCUUGAUCAUUCACUGAAUAUCAUGGAUGCCAUUAGAGUGCCACCUAUCUUAGUAAAAGAUGAAGACGGAGAGUUAGUGGUUCGUGACCAAGGCAGUGUGUGGGUUAGUCGCACAUCUCCACAGCUUGACAUGGUUGGGGCAGGAGAGUGGGGAUGGAAUGGAUACACAAGUAUUGAAGGUUUGCCUGAUGCCAUUACUGCUAUGUGUUGUGUUGGACAAUAUGUGUGGCUUGGAGACAAUGCUGGAAAUAUCCAUGGUUACAACAUGAUAGACUACAGUAGGGUCUUUAGCUACUGCCUUGAGCCUGAUGCUCCACAGUCAUCCCCUGUACGGUCACUCUGCAGCAUACAUGCUUUGGGACGUGUGGCUGUUGCACUCUGCAAUGGUCGGCUUUUCUUGUGUAGUUCUGAUGUUACACCAACAUCACCAGUCUUAGGUGAAGGGAGUUUCGUUAUGACAGAAUUGGCUGGUUCUACUCAACAAAUUCACUGUUUAGCUGUUGCUCAUAUACCAUCAGCAUGGUCAUUGUGGUGUGGUGGAAGUGAAGGUACUAUGAGCAUCUUUUCUUUACGUGACGAUGGUCUGGUUACUAGUCAGGAUGCUGUGUCCCACUUUUCUACUUCUACACCACCACCUACAAGUGAUGCAUGUGAUGUUUUGAUUCUACAUUCCCCACAAAAUCCCUCAAGUGUCUUACCUCAUUUGAGAAAUUCCAUGUGGUCUUAUGUCUACCCAGGCUGUGUUGUAUACCACUGGGAUGUAAAGGACCAAAAGGUGGUUAAUCGGCUGGACUGCUCAAAGUUGGUACCUUGCUCUGAAAGCUUACAAUCCAUUAGCAUUGAAGAACAUUUAUCACCAUCGCAUUGUCAGGUAUCUGCAGUAGCAGUGUGUGGUGGUGAAGUUUAUGUUGGAACAACCUGGGGAUGUGUUGUUGUUGCUGAAGCAGAGUCUAUGCGCCCCAUUACUGUUUUUCGACCAUAUGAAGAUGAAGUGAGGGCUAUUGUCCCCUUGCCUUCCCCAUCUGUAAUUACUGAUAGAGAUGAAAAUGUGGCAGAUGCUUCAGAUGGUGAUCAAGAUAGUGACUGCUAUACCAAUACCCCAACACCUCUAUUAGCUACAAUUGGUAAAGGUUACAGAAACUUAUUAGGACGUUAUUCACCUAUGCCUAGAUCGGCACAACCCGAGCCAGCAGUACAGAGAGCAAUGUACUGUUUAUUAUGGAGAGCUCAUCAUUGGUUGAAUACAUGAAUAAUAAAUACAAAGUGCAUUAGUAAACAAUUUUAUAAUUACAAUUUUCUUACCUGACUUUUUGCACAGUUUGAACGUAUAUUAUCAUAAUACAGUUGCUGUGCAAUUGCCAACUCAAAAUACUACUGUCACAAAGUUUAUUAACUUAGGUUGUGUUAACUGAUGGACUUACUAAAGAUUCAUUUGUGUAUUGCACCAGGUAUUUUUAUUUUUUCAAAACUUGUUUAUUGUAAGACUAGGAAGAUAUGGAUUUACAAAGAACUUUUUUUUAGAGUUUUGUUCAGGACUCAAAAAUGUUUGGCAUGUGCAAAGUACAUUACAUGCCAAAGUUCAUUAAGGAAAAAUUGGAAGUCAACUCCCCUACGAUUGUACUGUUCCAUGCCUUGUGAAGGAAUUGCUGACUGUGACCUGGUGUUUUGUCAUGAAAUCCAUCUACAUAUGUAAAUAUAUCAUAUCCCUCUUGAUUCUGGUGUCCUCAUUGUUAAUAUGUUAUCUUUUGCUAGACUGGUGUACAGUAUGAUGGAGUUAUAAAAUGUAAAUUUUUAAAUCUCUGUACAGGGUUUAUCUAGCAUUUUUUUUCAAGAACAGAUUUUGCUAAGGGUAACUGGAGUACUUUAAUUCUGUAAGUACUUAGUAUUGUAUACUGUACAGUACUUUCGCAAGAGAAAUUUCUGAUAUUCAGAGAAUCAUACCUCUUGUAUUUAAUUCAAUAGGCAUUGCUGAAGGUGGCAGAAUCAGGAAUAUUUUUAUUACUGCAAUUGACAUUAAGGUGAAGAUCUUUUGUACAGGUUAUGUUGAAUAAUGUUGAGAAUAAAAAUUGUGUAAGGGUUUUGGUAAUGAACAUAGUUCUCAAGGUUAGACUGAAGAUAUUAACAUUUUCAAAUAUUUUUAAUAAAAUAAUUACUUUUAAUAUAAAUAAAACUACUUUAUUAGUUGACUGUGAUCAUAUUACAGCUUUUUGAUGUUAGUAAUAUUUCAUGCCUUAUUCCACUCAUAACAUGA